CUGUCGAGUCGAUCAGAAAAGUUCAUGGACCAAAACUUGUCUUCUCAUCGCUCAGUAUUGUUACAGAAUCGUCUCGUUUCACAGUAAGCGGUGCAGAUCGUGUCAUUUAAGCAGACAUUCCAGUUCUGGACUUCUCAGACUACACUACAUUUCUCGUUGACAGACUUCCCCAACCCAAUCCUUACAGAUCAACUCUGGAAUUACUGCAGGCAUGAGAGUGAUGGGCGUAUGAUUUUGAGCCUGCUGUGUUCUAUACUGGCUUCAGUUAGUUUGGUUGCUAUGUGUAAUAGUGUUUUCAUCUCGGAUUGCCUCAGGAAAUAUUUAAUAUCAAUGUGACAGUUCAACAUAUGUGGUAAACAUUAAGAGAUGAGCGAUCAUGGCCAAGGUUCUGCUGGCAAAUCAGGAUCAAUGCACACCGACAUCCAUCCCACAAUGCAACAGAGCAAUGAUGAGAACAUGACCAUAGACACGUUAGGCGAAUCCUAUACCAAAGUGAAUCCGUCAACAGUGAUGGAAGUAUCACAGAACCACAUAGAUAGCAGUGGACAUGUGUCCAAAUCCAAACUGGAGAGGCAAUCCAGCAGUGCCAGAGAUGAUGAAGGUGAUCACAAACAGGGUCUGUGCAACAUACGAGCCAUUUUCUUCCUCAUCCUCUGGUAUCUUUUCAGCGCCUGCACACUCUUUCUCAACAAGUACAUCCUCUCAACGCUAAAAGGGGAGCCAACUCUGUUAGGUACGAUGCAGAUGGUGAUGACCACGGUGUUUGGCUUUCUGCAGAUGUACCUCCCUCUGGGCAUGUAUGUGCCCAUUCAACGGGACGGAAAACCACCCAACUUCUGGAAAAACAUGAUGCUUGUUGGCACAAUGAGAUUCCUGACUGUGAUUUUAGGACUGGUGGCAUUGAAAUUUGUGGCUGUGUCCUUCACAGAAACUGUGAAGAGCUCAGCGCCCAUCUUUACUGUGCUCAUAUCUCGUGUUGUGAUAGGAGAGUACACAGGCACAUGGACAGUUGUCUCCCUUGUUCCAAUCAUGGGGGGCCUUGCCUUAUGUUCUCUAUAUGAACUUAGCUUUAAUAUUCAAGGGUUUAUGGCUGCUUUAGCAACGAACCUAACAGAGUGCUUUCAAAAUGUUUAUUCGAAAUUAUUAAUAAGUGGAGAAAAAUAUAGAUACACACCAGCUGAGCUGCAGUUUUACACAAGCCUAUCAUCUAUAGUCAUCCAGCUUCCGGUCACCUCAAUGUUGCUGGAUAUUCCUAAAGCUCGGGAAUCCUUUGAUAGCACAAUGUUUGCCGUUCUUAUAUUAAAUGGCAUAUUUUUCCAUUUCCAAAGCAUCACGGCCUAUGUGCUGAUGGAUUACAUAUCACCUGUUACUCACAGUGUUGCCAACACAGUAAAGCGAGCAUUCCUCAUAUGGUUCUCUGUGAUAUUGUUUGGGAAUCCUGUGACAGUUUUAAGUGGACUAGGUACAAUUACUGUGACAGUUGGGGUUCUGCUCUAUACCAAGGCUAAGGAGUACGACCACAACAAGCUACAGCAUCGGCUACAGUACGCAAGGACCAUGCAGACAGACGGAACCAAACUCAUAUAGUCAUAACUAUGACAGCGUCAGUGGAUCACAUAUUAACAUGUUCAUAUCCCAAUUCAUGUGUCCUCACAUAUAUGUGCCUUGGGUCUGUGAAGGCUUCACACACAUUUUGUCUGUGACUUUGUUUUUGUGAUUUUAGAUGCCUGUGGUCACAUAGCUUCUUCAUUUAAUGUAAACAAUCACAUAUCAUUAUUACACAAUCAACAUCUUGUCAUUCAUAUGCUGAAUGAUGCAAGAUUUCUGUGUUAAGCUAAUACAGUUAUUUUCACAUUUCCAAAUUUUAGUCACAUUGAUAUCAUUGUGUUAAGUCCUCAUGGAUUUAGGGGUAUUUUAAAGAAGUUGUGAUUUGGUUACAAUUUGGUAAUAAAGAUUGAGCAGUGAUAUCAUCACUAAAUUAAAUAAGCUCAGUGGUAAGUAAAGUAAAAUAACAUCCAAAGGUGCAUCAUGAUUUUAGUGACUUUUAGCAAUAGUAAAGAGCAGCGGGUGUAAGAAGAACUCAAAAGAGUGAUUUCUUCAGUAAUGUGAAGUUAACAUCUCUCUCAGUGUAUUUUGUCAUCAGCAGUA